AUGAAGAAAUUGAUGGUUGAUCAGCAAGCCCAAGACACAACAAUGAGAAAUUUGGAGCGCCAAGUGGGACAACUUGCCAGUGCCCAAAAUGCUAGACCAGUUGGAGCUCUUCCAAGUGACACUGAAGCUGAUCCUAAGGCAUCCAUUAAUGCCGUGUCAUUAAGGAAUGGGAGACAAUUAGAAGAAGUCCAGUCGAAAAAGAAAAAACAUGUGACUUUUAAUGAGAGGCCAGCCACUAUAGAGUCAGAAUCAGAAAAAUCAAAGGAAUCUGAGAAGCCAACUGAAGAAGCGGUGGCUAAGCAACCUCCAUCAUUUGUUGUGAGGCCACCACCUCCGUUCCCUCAAAGAUUGCAGAAGGUGAAGGAUAAUGUCGCGUAUAAGAAGGUUCUUGAUAUUUUGAAGCAAGCGAAAAUUAAUAUUCCUUUGGUAGACAUCUUGCAAGAAGUGCCCAAAUAUGCAAAAUACAUCAAGGACAUAUUGCCAAAUAAAAGGAGGUUGACCGAGUUCAAGACUGUGGCACUCACUGAGAAAUGUAGCUCAAGAAUUCAAAGCAAGCUACCUCAGAAAUUGAAGGAUCCGGGUAGUUUCACUAUCCAAAUCUCGAUUGUGGUAAUCUUGCAGUUGGUUGAUCGCUCCCUUGCUCAUCCUGAAGGAGUAAUUGAAGAUGUGUUAGUUCAAGUGGGUUCUUUCAUAUUCCCUACUAAUUUUAUUAUCUUGGACUACGAGCCUGAUCAGGAAGUCCCAUUUAUUUUGGGGUGUCCAUUUUUAGCCACGGGUCGAGCUAUUAUUGAUGUUUGCGAAGGAAAGAUGACGAUAAGAGUAGGCGAUCAAGUGGAGGUAUUCAAUGUAUAUAAAGCACUCAGAUUUCCAGCCCACUAUGAAGAGUUAUCCAUGAUUUCUGUGGUGGAAAGUGAUGCUACAUCAUUAGUGCCUAUAUGA